AUGGCCGAGCCGUCGUUGAAUCGCCGAGAAUCCCUCCGAGUCGCGGCAGCCGGGAAUCUCAGACGCGAUUACCCCGACCCUCAAGUUUCAACGCCCAGGACACCUGAGGCCCAGCCGCGCAGGGGCCAUAGCCCUCACCGAUCCUGCCAGCUCUGUGACGCCUUCUUAGCGACCCGGCCCCUGCAGUCGCAGACGCCAUCUCGUGACGCAACCGAGACAGAUGACGCCUCCGGUCUCCAGGCGCCUCGGGCAUCCACUUCCUCCUGGCGCAAGUACGACGACACCGCGGCCAGACAGACCUCAUGUCGUCGGUCGACCGCAGGGAUCGCCCCCGGCACGCAUCUAGUCAGCGUCGCGCCGGGACGGCGGUCGAGCUUUCUUCGAUCCGCCCCGCUGUGUACUGCGUGUCAGCACUUCCUCAUGAGUUACUGA